AUGACACACAUUGUUUCCAAGAUAUCCAGCUGCGUCGCUCGCUUGUCGCUGGUGUCAAGACAUCAGCAUCUGCCCAUCAUUUCAACUGCUACAAGCACUACCUGCUGUCGAAAUUAUUCUCGACCAACCACGCCAUCCCAAAUGCCGCUAGAACCGGGUACUCCGAUUCAGGGAAUGGACUUUUUCAAAGACAGUCAAGAACCCAUUGUGGCACUCGACCGAAACGAGUAUCCCGGAUGGGUCAAUACGUUGGCGUCGCCACUGCCCAGUUUGGCAAAGCUGCGUAAAAUGCCAGAAGAAGAUGCCGAUGAUAAAUUGAAAAUGAGAUAUCUCAAACUCAAACGACGAAUGGUCAUCAAGGAAAGUAAUAUAGGGAGGGCAAAAUAG